CCAGAGUUCCAUUUUAGCUGAGCUUUAUAAUAAUUCUACAGAAGAACACUGAAUUUUGGAAAAAAAAAAUGUUGGAAACUAUAGACAAAAAUCGUGCCCUGCAGGCAGCAGAGCGCUUGCAAGCCAAGCUGCGAGAACGUGGAGAUGUAGUAAAUGAAGACAAACUGAACCUUCUCAAGUCAGUCUUGCAGAGUCCGCUUUUCAGUCAGAUUCUGAAUCUUCAGACUUCUGUACAGCAGCUGAAAGACCAGGUAAACAUUGCAACUUCUGUAGUUUCAAGUGUGGACUAUGCCAACAUUCCACAUUUUAGUGCAUCUGUAGUACCUGCUCUACAAAAUGAAGCUUUUUUAUCUUCCAAUAAUGGUAAUCUAGAAACAGUUACAAGAUUCUGUACUAUGCAUAUCAAUGGGAAACCUGCUUGUGAUGACUUUGACCAACUGAUGAAAAAUAUGGCCCAGGGUCGUCAUAUUGAAGUUUUUGAGCUUCAUAAGUCUCCAUGUGGAGGCCUUGGAUUUAGUGUUGUGGGACUUAGGAGUGAAAACCGAGGAGAACUGGGGAUAUUUGUGCAAGAGAUCCAAGAGGGCAGUGUGGCUCACAGAGAUGGAAGAUUGAAGGAAACAGAUCAAAUCCUUGCUAUCAAUGGACAGGCACUUGAUCAGACAAUUACACAUCAGCAGGCUAUCAGCAUCCUGCAGAAAGCUAAAGACAAUGUCCAACUAGUUAUUGCCAGAGCCUCAUUGCCUCAACUCAUGAGUCCCAUAGUAUCCAGGUCUCCAUCUGCAGCCAGCACAAUUUCAGCUCACUCUAAUCCUGUUCACUGGCAACAUGUGGAGACUAUUGAAUUGGUGAAUGAUGGAUCUGGUCUGGGAUUUGGCAUUGUAGGAGGAAAAGCAACUGGUGUGAUAGUAAAAACUAUUCUACCUGGAGGUGUUGCUGACCAGCAUGGGCGGUUAUGCAGUGGAGAUCACAUUCUAAAGAUUGGUGACACUGAUCUAGCAGGAAUGAGCAGUGAACAAGUAGCACAAGUUCUCAGGCAAUGUGGAAAUAGAGUUAAAUUAAUGAUUGCAAGAGGUGCCAUAGAAGAACCAACAGCAUCAACCUCUCUAGGCAUUACCCUUUCCUCAUCCCCAUCUUUGACACCAGAGCUGCGGGUUGAUGCUUCUACUCAGAAAAAUGAAGAAAGUGAAACAUUUGAUGUAGAACUCACUAAAAAUGUCCAAGGAUUAGGAAUUACCAUUGCUGGUUACAUUGGAGACAAUAAAUUAGAACCUUCAGGAAUCUUUGUGAAAAGCAUUACAAAGAGCAGUGCUGUUGAACAUGAUGGAAGAAUUCAAAUUGGAGACCAAAUUAUUGCAGUAGAUGGCACAAACCUUCAGGGUUUUACCAAUCAGCAAGCCGUAGAGGUUUUGCGACACACAGGGCAGACUGUACACCUGACACUGAUGAGAAGAGGAACAAGACAAGAGACUGAGCCCAUAUCAAGAAUGGAUAUAACAAAAGAUCUAAUUUUGUCUCCUACUAAUGCCAGCCUGAACAAAGAAAAUUGCGAGAAAGAUGAAGAUUCUAUUGAUUUGAGAAAAAAUAUUGACACAUUGCCAAUUCAAGAGGAAAGUAACCACCUGGAAAAAGGGUAUCCAUUGCUGUCAGCUGAGGUGGAAGAAAUAGAUGUACAACAUCAGGAAGCUUCUCUGCUGACAAAGUGGCAAAGGAUUAUGGGAAUCAAUUAUGAAAUAGUGGUGGCCCAUGUGAGCAAGUUCAGUGAGAACAGUGGCUUGGGAAUAAGUUUGGAAGCAACAGUGGGACAUCAUUUUAUCCGAUCUGUUCUACCAGAAGGUCCUGUUGGUCACAGUGGGAAACUUUUCAGUGGAGAUGAGCUGUUGGAAGUAAAUGGCAUAACUUUGCUUGGGGAAAAUCACCAAGAUGUGGUGAAUAUUUUAAAAGAAUUGCCUAUAGAUGUGACAAUGGUGUGUUGUCGUCGAACUGUGCCACCUUCCAGCCAGUCUGAAUUGCAUAGUCUGGAUUUGUGUGACAUUGAACUAACAGAAAAGCCUCAUAUAGAUCUAGGCGAGUUUAUCGGAUCCUCAGAGACAGAAGAUCCUAUACUGGCAAUGACUGAUGUGGGUCAGAAUGCUGAGGAAGUUCAAGGACCUUUUGCCAUGUGGGAGGCUGAGGUUCAGCAUAUUGAGCUGGAGAAAGGAAGCAGAGGACUUGGGUUUAGCAUUUUAGAUUAUCAGGAUCCGAUUGAUCCAUCAAAUACUGUGAUUGUAAUUCGUUCUUUGGUACCUGGUGGCAUUGCUGAGAAGGAUGGACGACUUCUUCCUGGAGACAGACUCAUGUUUGUUAAUGAUGCUAACUUGGAAAACAGCAGUCUUGAAGAAGCAGUCCAAGCACUGAAGGGUGCACCAUCAGGGACUGUGAGAAUAGGAGUUGCCAAACCUUUACCGCUUUCACCAGAAGAAGGGUAUGUUUCUGCAAAAGAAGAUUCCUUUCUCUACCUACCACACUCCUGUGAGGAAGAAGGGCUGGCUGACAAAGCCAUCUUCAGGGCUGACUUGGCUCUGGUAAACACUAAUGAUAAUGAUUUAGCAGAUGAAUCUACAUUUGAGUCUCAGUACUCUCCUGAUAAUGAUAGUAUUUAUUCUACUCAAACCUCUAUUUUGUCUCUUCAUGGCACUGCUUGUAGUGAUGGCUUGAACUAUGGCCCUUCCCUUCCAUCUCCUCCCAAGGAUGCUACUGCUAAGUCUUCAAAUCCAGUAUUUGACCUACACAUGUCCUUGGAGGAAUUAUAUGCCCAAAAUCUCCUGCAGAGACAGGAGGAUAAUUCACCUGUCACAGAUUUGAGUGUGACACCUGCUUCUAUCUUUUUAAUAAAAGAUUAUACACCUAUGAAUUCUGAUGAACAAUAUGAAUGUGAAAACACAAAACCAUGGACUGAAUCUCACGUACCAAAUGAAGUUAUAUCAAGUACAGAACUUACCUCACCUGUGCUAUCCAAUUCAAUUGGACAGGCCUCUGAAUUUUUAAUCCAACAGAGUUCCCUUGCCUCUGCUUCCGAGUGUGUCAUGUUCCCAAGUAUAUCCAAAGAAUCUUUUGAGAGAACCAUUAUUAUAGCAAAAGGAAAUUCUAGCUUAGGGAUGACAGUAAGUGCUGAUAAAGAUGGUUUAGGGAUGACUGUUCGAAGCAUUAUUCAUGGAGGUGCCAUUAGUCGAGAUGGGCGUAUUGCUGUUGGUGACUGCAUUUUGUCUAUUAACGAAGAAUCUACUGUCAGUUUAACCAAUGCCCAAGCACGAGCUAUGUUGAGAAGACAUUCUCUCAUUGGACCUGACAUUAAAAUUACCUAUGUGCCUUCAGAACAUUUGGAAGAGUUCAGAGUAAACUUGGGACAACAAUCUGGAGGAAUAAUGGCACUGGAUAUUUUUUCUUCAUACACUGGCAGAGACAUUCCAGAACUACCAGAGAGAGAAGAAGGAGAGGGAGAAGAAAGUGAACUACAAAAUGCAGCAUACAGCAGUUGGAAUCAGCCCCGGCGGGUUGAACUUUGGCGAGAAACAAGCAAAUCCUUGGGCAUCAGCAUUGUUGGUGGACGAGGAAUGGGGAGUCGUCUAAGUAAUGGUGAAGUGAUGAGAGGAAUUUUCAUUAAACAUGUUCUUGAAGAUAGUCCAGCUGGCAAAAAUGGAACCUUGAAACCUGGAGACAGAAUAGUUGAGGUGGAUGGAAUGGACCUCAGAGAUGCAAGCCAUGAACAAGCUGUGGAAGCCAUUCGGAAAGCAGGCAACCCUGUAGUCUUUAUGGUACAGAGCAUUAUAAACAGACCAAGGAAAUCCCCUUUGUCUUCCUUGCCGCACAACCUUUACCCUAAGUACAUCUUCAGCAGCACUAACCCAUUUGCUGAUUCUCUACAGUUCAACACUGACAAGGUAUUACCAAAUUCAAGUAGAGUUAUCUUCCAUUGUUCCCCAACUAACCCUUUUGCUCCUUUGCCAUUUAAGGCACCCAGUCAGUCAGAAUCAGAGCCAGAAAAGGCCCCAUUGCUCAGUGUGUCUCCACUUCUUCCUUCAUCAUUUGCAGAAAUGAGUAGUGAUCAUGUACAGUCAUCUGCAAGCAAGAUCUCAGAAGAUGUGGACAAAGAGGAUGAGUUUGGUUACAGCUGGAAAAAUAUCAGAGAUCGUUACGGAACCUUGACAGGUGAGCUUCAUAUGAUUGAGCUGGAGAAAGGCCGUAGUGGAUUGGGUCUCAGUCUUGCUGGGAACAAAGACCGAUCCAGGAUGAGUGUCUUUAUAGUGGGAAUUGAUCCAAAUGGAGCAGCUGGGAAAGAUGGUCGGUUACAGAUUGGAGAUGAGCUUUUAGAGAUCAAUGGUCAAAUUUUAUAUGGAAGAAGUCAUCAAAAUGCAUCAUCAAUCAUUAAGUGUGCCCCUUCUAGGGUGAAAAUAAUUUUUAUAAGAAAUAAAGAUGCAGUGAGUCAGAUGGCUGUGUGUCCUGGAAACUCAGUAGAACCUUUGCCUUCUUCUUCAGAGAAUCUUCAAGAUAAGGAGGCUGAACCCAAUGUAACUACUUCAGAGGCAGCUGUAGACUUCAGUUCUUUUAAAAACGUGCAACAUCUGGAGCUUCCCAAGGAUCAAGGAGGUUUGGGCAUUGCUAUCAGUGAAGAAGAUACACUUGGUGGAGUAAUAAUAAAGAGUCUAACAGAGCAUGGGGUAGCAGCAAGGGAUGGAAGACUCAAAGUUGGAGAUCAGAUUUUAGCUGUAGAUGAUGAAGUUGUUUUGGGGCAUCCUGUUGAAAAGUUUAUUAGCCUUUUGAAAGCAGCAACGACAACAGUGAAACUUACCAUUUGUGCUGAGAAUCCAGAUUCCCAGACUCUUACUUCAGCAGCUGCUACAGCCACUGGAGAAAAAAAGAACAACUCCCAGUCCUCGAUGUCCCCUCCAUCUGACUCCCCGGAACCAGAGUCCCUCCAAAGUACAAGCAGAUCAUCAACACCAGCCAUCUUUGCUUCUGAUCCUGCAACAUGCCCUAUUAUCCCAGGCUGUGAAACAGCAAUUGAGAUUUCCAAAGGGCGAACAGGACUGGGCCUUAGUAUCGUUGGGGGUUCAGACACACUAUUGGGUGCCAUUAUCAUUCAUGAAGUUUAUGAAGAAGGAGCAGCCUGUAAAGAUGGAAGACUGUGGGCUGGAGAUCAGAUUUUAGAGGUGAAUGGAAUUGACUUGAGAAAGGCCACACAUGAUGAAGCAAUAAAUGUCCUGAGACAGACACCGCAACGAGUCCGUCUGACACUCUACAGAGAUGAGGCUCCAUACAAAGAGGAGGACAUGUAUGACACCUUUACCAUUGAGCUACAGAAAAAACCAGGAAAAGGCCUGGGAUUAAGUAUUGUUGGUAAAAGAAAUGAUACUGGAGUAUUUGUGUCAGACAUUGUCAAAGGAGGAAUUGCAGAUUCUGAUGGACGACUGAUGCAGGGAGAUCAGAUACUAAUGGUAAAUGGAGAAGAUGUCCGUAAUGCCACUCAAGAAGCUGUUGCUGCUUUACUAAAGCAACCACUCCCUCAGUGUUCCCUAGGCAUAGUAACUUUGGAUGUUGGAAGACUUAAAACUGGUCCAUUCCAUUCAGAGAGAAGGCCUUCUCAGAGCAGCCAGAUGAGUGAAAGCAGCCUGUCAUCAUUUACUUUUCCACUUUCUGGAUCCAGUACAUCUGACUCACUGGAAAGUAGCUCAAAGAAAAAUGCAUUAGCAUCUGAAAUACAGGGAUUAAGAACAGUUGAAAUUAAAAAGGAAUCUUCAGACUCAUUGGGAAUCAGCAUUGCUGGAGGAGUGGGCAGCCCACUUGGUGACGUUCCCAUAUUUAUAGCAAUGAUGCACCCAAGUGGAGUAGCAGCUCAGACUCAGAAACUCAGAGUUGGGGAUAGGAUUGUCACUAUCUGUGGUACAUCCACAGAGGGAAUGACCCACACCCAAGCAGUUAACUUACUGAAAAGUACUUCUGGCUCCAUUGAAAUGCAGGUCGUGGCUGGAGGAGAUGUGAGUGUGGUCACAAGUCACCAGCAGGAACCUACUAAUGUUGGUCUGUCUCUUACUGGCUUGCAGUCAAGCAGUAUAUUUCAGGAUGAUUUAGGACCCCCUCAGUGUAAAACUAUUACUCUAGACCGAGGACCAGAUGGCUUAGGUUUCAGUAUAGUAGGAGGAUAUGGCAGCCCUCAUGGAGACUUACCGAUUUAUGUUAAAACCGUAUUUGCAAAGGGAGCAGCCUCGGAAGAUGGGCGUCUAAAAAGGGGUGAUCAGAUCAUUGCUGUCAAUGGCCAGAGUCUAGAAGGAGUUACCCAUGAAGAAGCUGUUGCCAUUCUUAAGCGGACAAAAGGCACUGUCACUUUGAUGGUUCUCUCCUGAAUUUUCUGCCAGAAUUAAGCUGAUUCAACCCCUCACUUACAUCCUACACCAUAAAGAGAAUGAAACUGUUUUUGUGGAUAACUUUUCUAGUACUGUCUUCAUGCAGCUUUUCAGUACAUUAGGAGAAAUAUAUCAUAAUUCAAGUUUAUUUUUCUCAUAUGGAAAUGAUUUUCUUACUAACAAUGUAGCAUCAGUUUUUCUCUUCCAUUUUGUUAAGUUAAACUCAAAAAAAAGGAUCAUUUGCAUAAGUAAAUCCAGUCUUUAUUUUGUAAAGAUUUCCAACAUUUGUUGUUAUAUGGGCAAAAAUUAUACACUAAAUUUAUUAGUAAACGAACAAACAAACAAAACCAAUGCCUUCAUGAAGUGUAGAAAAUGAAAAUAUAAAAUAAAGAUCUUGAAUUUUAUAAAAGUGUUUCAUUUUAUUUAUGCUACUUUAUCUUCCCACUUUUAAGAAAGAAAAGAAAAUUUCUGUUUGAAAACAGAAAAUACUUUUAGUAUCUAAAAUGUUGGAUAUUAUAAAAGAUUAUAUACAUUGGUUGCUGGAAAAGUCAUAUUUUUCUUCAUGCAAAAAUGCUUUAUGAGUUUUCAGACAACUCAGUCUGUGUGUGUAUAUGUGUCAUCCUAAAAUAUGUUUCUAAAAUUGAGUCCAUAGCAAAUGUAUGAAGCAGUUCUUCUAAAUUUGGGAAGAAAGCAUUUAGUGCACCUUGUUGCUCAUACUCAUUUUCACCUACUGUCAAAUUUUCAUAUUUUAGAAGUAAAAUGGUGUUCUGUCUUGUAUUAACUA